AUGAUCACCACCAUUAACAGGAGUAGUAGUGAGCGAUUUAGCAUUUUAGAGUUUAUAGCAUGUGUAAUACGAGGUCGAUGGUUCAUGGUUUCUGCCUCCUUCUUUAUCAUGGCAGGAGUUGGUGGUACCUAUGUUUUUGGAACUUACUCCAAAGCAAUAAAAUCUUCACAAGGUUAUGAUCAAAGCACACUCAACCUUUUGGGGUUUUACAAGGAUCUUGGUUCAAAUAUAGGUCUUCCUGCUGGUCUUAUUGCUGAGGUAACCCCUCCAUGGUUCGUGCUCCUUCUUGGCUCAGCCAUGAACUUUGUUGGCUAUUUCAUGAUCUGGCUGGUUGUCACACAUAGAAUAUCCAAGGCCAAAGUUUGGCAAAUGUGCCUUUACAUUUUCAUAGGUGCUAGUUCUCAGACCUAUGCCAACACAGGAGUACUAGUCACGUGUGUCAAGAAUUUCCCUGAAAGCCGAGGCAUAAUAUUGGGUCUCUUAAAGGGUUACAUUGGACUCAGUGGAGCUAUCUUGACACAUUUUUAUUUGGCCAUUUAUGGGAAUGAUUCUGAAUCUCUGAUCCUUCUUGUUGCAUGGUUUCCAGCUGCUAUAUCAGUGGUGUUUGCAUUUGCAAUUCGGGUCAUGAAGAAUGAUAGCCAACCAAACGAGCUCAAAAUUUUCUACCAAAUUUUCUAUGCAUCACUUGCACUUGCAUUGUUUCUCAUGGCAAUAAUCAUUGCUCAGCAACAGAUUGAUUUCUCAAAAGCAGCCUUUGGUGGAAGUGUGACUGUGGUAUGUAUUCUUCUCUUCAUCCCUAUGUUAAUUGCUAUUAGGAAUGAGUUCUCACUAUGGAAUAUCAGGAAAAAACAUGGGAAUACUACAAGUGAGGUUAUCAUAGAGAAACCACAAACAUUUGAAUCCAAACAAACACCACCCCAUUUAAAUUUUUCAGGGGAGGAAAAAGUAGAGGGUCCAACAAAAAUAUCUUGUUUUGCCAGCAUAUUAAAUAAACCUGAAAGGGGAGAGGAUUACUCUAUUUUGCAAGCACUAUUAAGCACUGACAUGUUUCUAUUGUCAAUUUCAUCGUUUACUGGCUUUGGAGCAAGCUUAACAGCAAUAGACAAUUUGGGACAAAUUGGUGAGUCUUUAGGAUACCCUGCCAAUACUGUAAGAUCAUUUGUGUCACUUAUAAGCAUUUGGAAUUACUUUGGGAGGGUCUUUGCUGGUUUUGUAUCUGAAAUUAUGCUUCAAAAAUACAAAUUUCCUCGCACUAUGAUGUUAACCUUGUCGCUUUUCUUAUCAUGCACUGGCCACCUUCUUAUUGCUUUCCCAGUACCCGGUUCAAUCUAUGUAGCAUCAGUUAUAAUCGGAUUUUCCUAUGGUGCACUAUUGCUAUUGUUCACAGCAAUUAUUUCUGAACUCUUUGGUCUCAAAUACUUUGCCACACUGUCCAAUUCUGUUGGUCUGGUUACUCCCCUUGGAUCAUAUAUAUUUAAUGUGAAGGUGACUGGGUUCCUUUAUGAUAGAGAGGCAAAAAAGCAACUCAAAAAACAUGACAGAGAGUUUGUAAAGGGCAUGGAAUUGACUUGUAUUGGAACUGAAUGCUACAAGCUUCCUUUCAUAAUAAUGGCAUCUGUCACUUUAUUUGGAGCACUGGUUUCAUUGAUUUUGGUGAUGAGAACCCGAAAGUUCUACAAAUGUGACAUUUACAAUAAGAAGUUCAUAGAGGAUGCACAUGCAGUUGAAACGGAGUUGAGUACAUCCUCGGUUCAUGAACAUUGA